GCGGCGGCGGCUGCGGCGGCGGCGGCGGCGGCGGCAGAGCGCGCGCGCGCGGCCCCGCGGCGCAGCGAAACCCGGAGCAGGCCCCGCCGCCAUGGCCUCGUUGCUCAAGGUGGACCCGGAGGUGAAGCUCAAGGUCGAUUCCUUCAGGGAGCGGAUCACGAGCGAGGCUGAAGAUCUGGUGGCAAACUUUUUCCCAAAGAAGCUGUUGGAACUCGAUGGGUUCCUCAAAGAGCCCAUCCUGAACAUUCAUGAUCUCACCCAGAUCCAUUCGGACAUGAACCUCCCAGUGCCUGACCCGAUUCUGCUCACGAACAGCCACGACGGACUGGACGGGCCAAAUAUGAAAAAGAGGAAGCUGGAAGAGCGCGAAGAGACCUUUCAGGGUACCAAAGUGUUCGUGAUGCCCAACGGGAUGCUGAAGAGCAACCAGCAGCUGGUGGACAUCAUCGAGAAAGUCAAACCGGAGAUCAGGCUGCUCAUCGAGAAGUGUAACACGGUGGGUAUGGGCGGCAGCUCUGCGUGCUGGGGCCGGAGCGCUUCUGAUCCUAGCGAGGCAAAGCUUCGCGGAGCAGCAGGAGCAGAGCCCCUCUGUCUCUGUGAACGAGGAAACUCACAAUUCCUCUCCCUUUCUAGAGGUGGCUGGGAGGUAGGUGUAGGGAAAUGUUCUUUUUCUGAGCCCCCAGGGGGCUCCACAGCACACCUCGCGGAGGAGGAGGAGGUCUGUUUUGCCGCCUCCUUCCCCGAGGCCUUUCUUCACCCUCCUUUUGCACAGUCAGACGCCUGCUGGGGGCUGCUUUGGCACAGCCAGGAGAGCUUCUCGUGGGAAGCCGUGCUCGUGCUGGCUUGCGUGGCAUCCCAGCCACGUGGGAAACAAUCCGCUCAGAAGUGUCGUGAGCACAGAGGACCUGCAGGGGUUGAUCACGAGCUGCGUGGCAAAGGCAGGGCCUUAGGGGGGCUUGAGAGAAGACCUGUGAAGAUCCUGGCGUUGAUCUGUUCUGUGAUCUCUCCGCUGCAGGUCAAAAUGUGGGUGCAGCUUCUCAUCCCCAGGAUAGAAGAUGGGAACAACUUUGGUGUUUCUAUUCAGGAGGAAACAGUUGCUGAGCUUCGAACCGUGGAGAGUGAGGCGGCGUCCUACCUGGACCAGAUUUCUAGAUAUUAUAUCACAAGAGCAAAGUUGGUUUCCAAAAUAGCUAAGUACCCUCACGUGGAGGACUACCGCCGCACGGUGACGGAGAUCGACGAGAAGGAGUACAUUAGUCUGCGCCUGAUCAUUUCAGAGCUGAGGAAUCAAUAUGUCACUUUGCAUGACAUGAUCCUUAAAAACAUUGAGAAGAUCAAGAGGCCUCGGAGCAGCAACGCUGAGACCCUCUAUUAAGUGUCAACGUUUGAACUUGAGAACUGUUCAGUCAACUAAAGACCGUCAUUGCCUUGGUUUGUUACGUGACUAUCGAGAUGGGAAACUGGCUGGAAAUAGUAUUGCAUUCUUAGUUAAAAUCUAAAGAAAUUCUCGCCUA